UUACUCCUUUGACAAAUUGCACGCUGAGACACUAUCCUCCCAUCUUUAUACUGUAUCAUUGAAGUAGGGACCAAGAAAUAUCAAUGGAAUCACUGCCUGACUGCUCCGGAGUUGCUGCCUCCGGUUGCCUGCUCCUUGUGGAGUUUAUGUUUGUGGAUUUUAUUCUGAGAUGAAGAAAAGCUUGACAUCUGCUCUUUCUCCCUUAGGUACCUACCUUGCUACUUUUAUUCCACCAGGUCCUUCAAUCAUAAGGAAUGGCUGUCGGUGCUUGUGUAUCUGCUAGAAGCACUAAAAAGGUUUAUCCAGGGAAGACCACACCUUUCGUUCUUAUUACAUGCCUCAUCGCAGCCUCCAGUGGCCUCAUCUUUGGUUAUGAUGUUGGAAUCUCUGGUGGAGUUACCUCGAUGGAGUCAUUCCUUUCAAAAUUCUUUCCAUCGGUUUACAGGAAGAUGAUAGUGGCAGACAAAAAUGCUAAUCCUUACUGCAAAUUUGACAGCCAACUUCUCACAGCUUUCACUUCCUCACUCUACUUGGCUGCUCUGAUCACAUCUUUGUCGGCAUCCAAUUUCACCAGAACACUUGGAAGAAAGAACUCCAUGCUUAUUGGAGGCAUCAUCUUCCUCCUUGGAUCCUUGUUGAAUGGUGCUGCCCAAAAUGUUGCCAUGCUCAUAAUUGGCAGGAUCCUCCUUGGUGUUGGGGUUGCUUUUGCUUGCCAGGCUGCUCCUCUGUACCUCUCUGAAAUGGCUCCUGUGCAUCUUCGAGGCAUGCUUAAUAUGGGCUUCCAACUCAUGAUCACUUUCGGUAUCUUUUGUGCCAACCUCAUCAACUAUGCUACUUCCAAGUUCACAAAUAACUGGAAUUGGCGCAUAAGCUUAGGACUGGCUGCAGUCCCUGCCAUGAUCAUAACUCUUGGAUCAAUUUUCCUCCCUGACUCCCCCAACUCCCUCAUGGCACGGGGUCACCACGACAAAGCGAGGACGAUGCUUCAGAAGAUCCGUGGAAUUCCGAAUGUUGAUGAAGAGUUCGACGACUUGGUUGCAGCGAGUGAUGAACUGAAGAUGGUGCAGCAUGCUUGGUCCAAUGUCAUCAAAAGGAAGUAUAGGCCACAACUCGUGAUGGCUGUGCUUUUGCCAGCCUUACAGCAGUUAACUGGGAUCAACGUCAUCAUGUUCUAUGCUCCUGUUCUCUUCAAGACCAUUGGAUUUGGAAGCAAUGGCUCGCUGAUAUCUGCAGUUAUCAUAGGCCUGGUGAACAUGUUCUCUACUUUGGUCUCAAUCUUCACUGUGGACAAGAUUGGUAGAAGAUCCCUUUAUUUGGAAGGUGGACCUCAGAUGUUCAUUUGCCAGAUUAUUGCUGGAACGUUGAUUGCGAUAAAUUUUGGGAGCAGCGAAGAAGCAAACAUGUCCAAGUUAUAUGCUUGGUUUCUGCUUGCCUUCGUUUGCAUCUAUGUUGCCGGUUUCGCGUGGUCAUGGGGUCCGCUGACGAUCCUCGUAGCCAGUGAAAUAUUCCCACUGGAGAUUAGAACAGCAGCCCAAAGCAUUUUUAUAUCUGUCAAUAUGUUCUUCACCUUCAUUGUUGCCCAAGCUUUCCUCCAGAUGCUGUGCCACUUCAAGUUCGGACUGUUCUACUUCUUUGGAGGUUGGGUGAUGAUCAGCACCGUGUUCGUCUAUUUGUUUUUGCCUGAAACAAAAAACAUUCCGAUCGAGAAAAUGGCCCUCGUGUGGAAAGAUCACUGGUUUUGGAGCAAGAUCGUUGCGGACGAUCAUGUCCAUAAAGAACAGGACGAUGUGGAUGAGAUGGAAAGCAAGAAGAGGCUGGACUCUACAAUCUGAAAAUCUAGAUGAGUUAUAGGAUGACCAAAAUUUUAUAUCAUAAAUUUGCUUUCCUGUACUGUAUAAUCAUUUUCAAUUGUGAUUUAGGCAGUGGAUUGUAUUGUUAAUUAGCGUAUAAUCAGAUUAUCAGGUAGUAACUAGAGAUGUGGAAUCUAAUAUUUUUAGCAAAUAAUAUGAAGCAACACAUUUUUCAGGUUCA